GUGUACACGUCAUCUACGGUAUGCUUCGCCCAAGCAUUAUUCUUCUUUGUGUCAUUUUACAGCACUGCAUUGGCGAGAACUCAUCGCAAAGUGAUGCUGUUACUACAGAAAUUGGCGAUGGAGUUGAAGCAAAGGUGUACAUUGUGUAUGACACGGAAGACUAUGCUACGAAAUACACACGUCAAGAAUACCGCAAAAUGGGCGUUGUGUGGUACUUUAUAAAGCUCUUUGAAAAUGUCCAGAGUUACUUCCACUACAGGAAUGUAAAGGUAAUUUUUAGCGUCAUAGGUGUUGAAAUGAACAAAACUAUAUGGGUUGAAACAAACCAUUCUAUAGACACAAAUGCAACAUUGGAGAACUUACAGAAGGCCCUCCCAACGGGCUAUAUCAGACCGAAUAAAACGAUUGUUUACCUUUUCACAAACAAAACACAACCUAACACAGAAGAAACUGACUUGGCCACGUUUGGAACCUUUUGCACCCCCAACGUUAGCGCAGCAAUAGUAGUACAGCCACCAGGAAACACGAGUUACACAUCGACGGUUAAGGCGACGUCGCUCAUAUUCGGAGCGAGUGGCACAGUAAACUUCACAACAGAAGACAUUGACAGAAUGAACAAAACCUUCUCGAACUGUAAGCGAAAAAGGAGGAAAACAACAACUACGGAAACAACUACUCCGCCAACUAGUGUUGUCAUGAUUAAUACUACUAUGAGCUAGUACCGUGAUGCUAGAAUACUUCAUUGAAUAUAUAUUUGAUACUUUGCCGAAAA